AAAGUGUUGUAAAGUCGUGGAAAUUUGUGGACUUGUGGAGCUCACUUUCGCCGCGCAUUAGACAUGCCGCAAACGGAGCUUUUCUGGGCCUUACUUGAAGAUGGCCACCCACUGGAGGAUUUGAAGAAGUUGAAUCUUGAAGGAUUUGAUUGGAGUGAGAGACGGGGUGGAACGACGCUGUUGGUGGCUCGUAUUGCUAAAGCGCUCUAUAACAGCAAAGAAAACGAUGAGCAGGCACUCAACACCAUCGAAUGGCUGAUAUGUUCCGGGGCAAGCAUUGAGCAACGAUGCACGGGCGGCAAAACGAAAUUGUGGUUGAAAGAGAGGCCACAUGUGCCAGAAGUGGAAUUAGAGGGUCUCAAUGCAAUUUCAUUUGUGCAGGCAUUGCAAGCGAAGAUGCGACAACAUCUAUCAGAGUGGUCAGCUCACGAGACAUUCCUGGUCAGAGUUAUGUCGUGCUUCGCGCGGGCCUCCAGCCGGGCCUCCUCCUCCAGCAUGGUCGGACCUAGAGUGUCCAUCCACGAGGGCAUCGCCCAGUUGUGGGAAAAGUCGUUGGCGGCAAAGGAUUCGCACGACUUGACCAUUGAAACUGCUGAUGGCAUGGUGACAGCGCAUGCUCACAUGUUGAAAGCAGCGUCUUCAGUGGUCGCUGCGAUGCUGGCAUCGCCCAUGAAGGAAGGGCAAGCCCAACGCAUUGAGGUCAAGGACACGUCUGGGAAGGCCGUGUCGCUCUUCCUGGAGAUUUUGUACACUUGCUCAGCUCAAGACGAGCCAGAACGCGAAACUGCCUUGGGUGCGCUGGACUUGGCUCACCGCUGGCACGUGGAGGCGGUGAUCGCUAUCUUGACAGAUCUGCUUGCAGGUAUGAUCACGGACGAAGGAUUUACAGCCAUUGCGGAACAUGCUGUCCUCAAGGGCCUUGAUCGACUGAAGACUGCGGCCAAGAACUUUGGGGCUGAAUCUGCAAAGGUUCAGGCUGAUCUCAAGGAGGGCCGCCUUCCUGCAGCUGUGCUGCAACUCUUCCCUGCCGCACCAAAACCAUCGAAACCCGACGAACCCAAGCGGAUUGUGCUGUGGCCUUGUCCCAGGCGCCGUGCCCGCCAGCAAGCGAGAAGAGAUGAUCUCCAGCUGACUUUCUGUGCUCCCCGUGUUCCAGUAGUCGAAGGGUUGCCUGGGCUUAAGGGCAACUGCUCAGCAGCAAUAGCUGCAUCCGCCAGUAGGAGCGUGGCGCAAAUGGCCCAAGCAGAACUCCUGUGGGCUUUGUUGGAUGGCCACCACCCGGUAGAGGACCUGAAAGAGGUUGAUGUGGCAGGAGUCAAUUGGAGCUCGCGCUCGUUGGAUGGCAAAACGCUGAUGGUGUCUUUUAUUCAUAAGGUACUCUGCCAGCCCAAAUCAAAAUUUGAUGCUGGACUUAAGACCAUUGAAUGGCUGGUCCACUCGGGAGCGAGCAUUGAGCAAAAAUGCACUGGCGGGGAAACCGAGAUGUUUUUUACAAAGGACCAGGAAAACACAACUGUCAAGUUGGAGUGCAAAGGCCGCAGUGCCAUUUCAUAUGUGAAAGGAUGGCAGCAAAAGCUCCGUGGCUUGCCAUGUUGGCAAGCAGAAUUUGAUUUCUUGCCCAGGAUUCUGAUAUGCUUUGCUAGGGCCUCCAACAGAAUGUCAAAUCGACCGCGAGUGUCGAUUGACGAGGGCAUUGCGGAGCUGUGGGAAAAGUCUCUGGCGGCAAAGGAUUCACAUGACUUAACCAUUGAAACUGCUGAUGGCGUGGUCACUGCACACGCUCACAUGCUGAAAGCAGCAUCAUCCGUGGUCACUGCGAUGUUGGAAUCGCCCAUGAAGGAAGGGAAAGCCCAUCGAAUUGAGAUCAAGGACACGUCCAGCAAGGCUGCGUCACUCUUCCUGGAGACGCUCGGUUUCAGCCCUUUGGGCUUUCCUGAAAGCCCGGGGGUGGCCAGGAUCUUGUACACUUGCUCAGCUCAAGACGAGCCAGAUCACGAAAUUGCCCUGCAUGCUUUGGACUUGGCUCAUCGCUGGCAAGUGGAGGCGGUGGUUGAGAUCUUGACGGAUUUGCUUGCAGGUAUGAUCACGGACGAAAGCUUUGCAGGCAUCGCGGAGCAUGCCAUCCUCAAGGGCAUUGAAAGACUGAAGGCACCUGCCCGGCGGUUCGGGGCUGAAUCCGCAAAGGUGCAGGCAGAUCUCAAGGCCAGCCGCCUCCCUGCUGCCGUGGCGCAGCUGUUCCAUGGCGGAUCGAAACCAUCGAAGCCCAGCGAGCAGAAGCCCAAGCGCCGUGUUUGCCACAAGCAAAAGACUCGUUCCUGGACUGCGUCACAAGUCAACGCUCAGUCGGGCUUUCAUCGCACCCUUGGGAUGGCGCCGGCAGAGCUUUUCUUCUCUUUGCUUGAAGAUGGUUAUCCGCUUGAGGGGUUGAAAAAGAUCGACCUGGAAGGCUUUGAUUGGAGCUCUCGCCAUGAGAGCGGGCAGACCUUGUUGGUUGUUCGCAUUGCCAAUGCAAUGAUUCAGCCACAAGAAAGGUUUGAAGAUGCGCUUGAGACUAUCGAAUGGUUGAUACGUUCUGGAGCUAGCACGGAGCAAAAAUGCACAGGUGGGCAAUGGAACUUUUGUCUACCCCACAAGCCAGAAACACCAGCAGUCCCGGUGCAGUGCAAGGGUCUAAGUGCGAUAUCCUUCGUGCGGGUAGUUGUGCAAAAGAUGCGGGACAAUCUGAAAGAUUGGAAACGCGAAGAGGCUUUCCUGGUGAAGGUUAUGGCGCGCUUUGCAGCUGCCUUCAGCUUGAGCGCUGCUGGGCCCAGGGUGUCCAUCCACGAGGGCAUUGCAGAGUUGUGGGAAAAGUCGUUGGCGGCGAAGGAGUCGCAUGACUUGACCAUUGUAACUGCUGAUGGUGUGGUGACUGCACACGCUCACAUGCUGAAAGCAGCGUCCGCUGUUGUCGCAGCAAUGUUGGGAUCGCCAAUGAAGGAAGGGAAAGCCCAACGCAUUGAGAUCAAGGACACAGCUGGAAAGGCUGUGUCACUCUUCCUGGAGAUCUUGUACACCUGUUCGGUGCCAGAUGAGCUUGACCACCAAUCUGCUUUGCAUGCUUUGGACUUGGCUCAUCGCUGGCAAGUGGAUGUGGUGGUCACGAUCUUGAGCGAUCUACUGGCAGGUAUGAUCACGGACGAGAGCUUUUCCGUGAUUGCGGAACAUGCAAUCCUCAAGGGCCUUGAAAGGCUGAAGGCCGCUGCUCAGCGCUUUGGGGCCGAAUCCAAGAAGGUGCAGGCAGAUCUCAAAGCUGGUCGCCUCCCUGCUGUUGUGGUGCUGCUCUUCCACGGCGGAUCGCCAUCGAAGUCGAACGAGCCAAAGCCCAAGACCCACUGGGACACACAAGCAGGCAACUUUGAAUCUGUAGCAAACUGUCGCUUCAUGCUGCACGCGGAGGAACAAGACGAACUUUUCUGGGCUUUGCUGUUGGAUGGCCACCCACUGCAGGAUUUGAAGACGUUGAACCUAGAGGGAUUUGAUUGGAGUGCUCGCGAUGACGAGGGGAAAACGCUGAUGGUCGCUCACAUUGAUGGAGCGCUUGCUCGGCCCAAAGAUAGGUUUGAGGAUGCACUCAACUGUAUUGAAUGGCUGAUCCGCUCUGGGGCACGCAUCGGGCAAAAAUGCACUGGUGGAGAAAGUCAUGUCUGGAGGAAAUCGGACAAAGCAGGCACAAUUAUCAAGGUGAAGUGCAAUGGUCUCAAUGCCAUAUCCUUUGUACAGGCAUGGCGGGAAAAAAUGGAGGAAAAGCUAACAGUUUGGAGAGAUGAAGAUGCUUUCCUGGUCAAGGUUAUGUCGCGCUUUGCAGCAGCCUCCAACGCCAUUGCCGCCGGACCCAGGGUGUCAGUCCCCGAGGGCAUUACGGAGUUGUGGGAAAAGUCGUUGGCAGCAAAGGGCUCGCACGACUUGACCAUGGAAACUGCUGAUGGCAUAGUGACCGCGCACGCCCACAUGCUGAAAGCAGCAUCUUCAGUGGUCGCUGCGAUGCUGGAAUCGCCCAUGAAGGAAGGAAAGUUCCAAUGGAUUGAGGUUAAGGACACGUCUAGCAAGGCAGUGAUCUUGUACACCUGUUCAGUGCCAGAUGAGCUUGACCACCAAUCUGCUUUGCAUGCUUUGGACUUGGCUCAUCGCUGGCAAGUGGAUGUGGUGGUCGCGAUCUUGAGCGAUCUAUUGGCAGGUAUGAUCACGGACGAAAGCUUUGCGGUGAUUGCAGAGCAUGCCAUUCUCAAGGGCCUUGAAAGAUUGAAAGCCGCUAUCCUGCGCUUCGGGGCUGAAUCCAAGAAGGUGCAGGCUGAUUUGAAAGCCGGCCGCCUCCCCGGUGUGGCGCAACUCUUCCCGUCGAAACCUUCGAAAAGCAACGAGCCAAAACCCAAGCUCAUUCCCAGACUGCGCUGUGAGUCGGCCUUUGGUGCGGUUGAACAAGUUGAUCAAGACUUGCUGCUGUCCAUCAUUCUGGGUAGCCUGGCAUCCUUCCGACCUGGGCUCGACUUGAAGAAGAUUGACCUCGAAGGGUUCAAUUGGAGCACCCGCUUUGAUACUGGACAGACCCUGUUGGUCCGUUGCAUUCGCAACGCAUUGGUGCUGCCCGAAGAAAAGAAGGGAGAACGUCUCAAGAUCAUUGAUUGGCUGAUCGGUUCUGGGGCGAGCAUUGAACAAGCAUGCACUGGUGGGCAAUCGAUAUAUUGCUGGUCCAGCAAGCCGGAAAUAAAAGAAAUCAAGGUGCAGUGCAAAGAUCUCAGCGCAAUUGCAUAUGUGCGGGUACUGCGUGGACUGAUGCGAGAAAAUCUGGAACACUGGAAGGCUCAAGAUGAUUUCCUGGCCCAGGUUCUGUCGCUCUUUGCAGCGUCCAGCCCAAGUGCUUCCCGACAUAGAGUGCCGAUCGAUGAGGGCAUAGCUGAGCUGUGGGAGAAGUCUUUGGCUGCAAAGGAGUCGCAUGACUUGACCAUUGAAACUGCAGAUGGGCUGGUGACCGCGCAUGCUCACAUGCUGAAAGCAGCGUCGGCCGUGGUCACUGCGAUGCUGGACUCGCCCAUGAAGGAAGGGAAAGCCCAACGCAUUGAGGUGAAAGAUGCAUCCAGCAAGGCGGUGUCACUCUUCCUGGAGAUCUUGUACACCUGUUCUGCACAAGCAGAGCCAGACCACGAAACUGCCUUGGGUGCUUUGGACUUGGCUCAUCGCUGGCAAGUGGAGGUGGUGGUCGAGAUCUUGAUCGAUCUACUGGCAGGCACCCACCUACUGACUGGUAUGAUCACCGAUGAAAGCUUUGUAGCAAUCACGGAGGAGGCUGUUCUCAAGGGCCUGGAAAGAUUGAAGACCGCUGCCCAGCGCUUUGGGGCUGAGUCUCAAAAAGUGCAGGCAGAUCUCAAGGCUGACCGCCUCCCUGCUGCCGUGGCGCAGCUCUUCCACGGAUCGAAACCAUCGAAGCCCAGCGAAUCGACGCCCAAGCGCCGCCGCAUGUGA